GCACCGAUAAAUCUCGCUUCUCUCUCUCUCUCUCUCUCUCUCUCUCUCUCUCUCUCUCUCUCUCUCUCUCUCCACUUUAUAUUUCGGUCUAGCUACUCCGCCCUUGUUACUUAUACAUAGUUCGUCGCGCGUUGCACGUGCCUUCGGCGAUAAACAGGAGCAAAAGAAAGAGUUAGGAGAGGCAGCGCGCGUGAGACAGAUAUUUCGACUUUCCUCGAAAUCGUCCGUCAAACGAGGCCUGACAAAAUUAAUGGGCGACGCGACGACGACGUCUUGUUUAAAAUGACUAACGAGCCACCCCUCGUGAAACCGGAUAGUGUGUCUUCUCGCCUUGGUGGCUUUGAACUGCACGCGCCAGCGACGAGCGCCAUCCAAUUAUACUGCAUUACUCGAAUGAGCGGAAGCAUUCUCGCUGUUUUGUUUUCUCGAUGCUCUUGCCUUUUUGCUCGGCACACUCAGGGCUAGAAUGUAUUACGAGCAAGAUAGAGACACCGAGCGUUUAGAUUAACGAAAUUCUUCAGGUUGGCUUUCUAUUUUUUUGUCAGUAAGGUAAACAUUUUAGAUUCUAAUUGAAAGCGUUACAUUUGUUUUUCUUGCUCGCGUGGUUAAUGGAACGUCCCUUUUUUUGUCAUUCGUUAGAGCUAUUUUAAAGCACCAUCUUUCUACUCUCGCGUAAUCAAUUUCAAGUCUGUUCAAUCGAUUUUACGUUUCAUGAAAAACAUGUUACGUAAAAAAUAAUACGAACACGUGCGCGUAUGCGUGGAAUUGGAAAUACCUUUGGAAAAGGGCCGGAAUGCAACAGUCAGGCAUAUCACGCGGGACAUCGGCCAGCAGGUAAACGCAGCCCUGCGCUGUAUUUCAACCUGUGCACAUAAGAGGGGCCCAUAGUACCUAAGCCGACCAUCCGAAAAUGACGUGCAUCAGUAGUGCAACAGCGACUGCCUGCGUGUGAGUUUGUCUCUGUCCUCGCGUUACGUUCAAACUUUUAAUCAACGAAAAAUGCUGUGCUACCAACGAUCUUUCAUUGUCGUACUUACGAUUUUGGCCUUUUUCACAAUAGGCAGUUUUGGCAUAAAAUGCUACCAGUGCAGCAGUGACUCAGAUCCGGAAGGUGUGGACAACUGCGGCACCUAUUCGAAAUUCGACAAAGAGAGGAACGUUCCCGUGGAAUGCACUAGCGAUGACUCCAAAACGCCCGGCACAUUCUGCGUCAAGCUGACGCAGCAGAGCCCUCGUGGAUUUAUAUGGGACGGAAGAUGGAAGAAGGUGAUUCGUCGCUGCGCUUCCGUGGCAAGCACGGGUGUCACAGGCGUCUGUAAUUGGGGCGUUUACGACAACGGCGUCUACUGGCAGGAGUGUUCCUGCUCCAAUGAUUUAUGCAAUUCGGCUGCGAAUCUCAAUUUAAGCUUUGUUGCCAUUCUCGCUAUUUUCGCGACGUUUCUAUUCCUCAGAUAAUAUUGAACGAAUGUUUGGAAAGAAACGACCCAAGAGAAUUAUGUGCUUUACUGUGCCAAGUGAAUCUCGAUUAAUCAAGAACCAAUGAACAAGUGAAAUUUGAACUUUGUAAGCGUUUAAAAAAUAAUUUUUGAUAACUUUUUUAGACAGUUAAUGUUAUAUCUACGAGAUUAACACUCUUCUCAAAUACUGUGAUUUAAAGAAAAAUAUAGUUUUAUGUCAUAGAUUUUGUAAAAUACUGAACUGUAAUUUGAAUCCUCCCAACUAUUAUCUAUAUAAUUGUUUUGAAUCUUUGGUGUGAAUACUACUACUUUAAAAAAGAUGUUUCAAUUAUUAUAUAAGUGCUCUUAAGCAACAUCUUUCCAAAAAUAUAACGACAGUUGCGAACUCCAUA